UGUAGAGACUUUAAAUGCAUCGACGUGCAUGUGGAAACAUUUCUUUCCCAUUUUUGUAACUUUAUUUUAAAGAAUUUGGGGUUAAAAAUGGGUAAAAAGGGGAAGACCGGGAAACAGAGGAAGGAUAGGUAUUACCAUCUUGCGAAAGAAUCAGGUUACAGAGCCAGAUCAGCCUUCAAAUUGAUUCAGCUCAAUCGUAAAUUCCAGUUUCUGCAAAAGUCUCGUGUCCUCAUAGAUUUGUGUGCUGCUCCAGGAGGAUGGCUUCAGGUAGCGUCCAAGAAUAUGCCAAUGUCCAGCUUGAUUGUAGGUGUGGACCUGUUCCCUAUUCGACCCAUCCCACAUGUUACAACACUCGUGGCUGAUAUAACUACAGAGAAAUGCAGAAGUGCAUUGAGGAAAGAAAUAAAAACAUGGAAGGUUGAUUGCGUACUCCACGACGGUGCACCCAACGUGGGUACCAGCUGGGUCUUGGAUGCAUUCACACAAGCUCAACUUACCCUCUGGGCGAUGAAGCUUGCCUCUGAGUUCUUGACGAAAGGCGGCUGGUUCGUCACCAAGAUGUUUCGCUCCAAGGACUACCAGCCCAUCAUGUGGGUUCUCCAGCAACUAUUCAAGAAGGUGCACGCCACUAAGCCCCAGGCUUCCCGUGCCGAGUCGGCCGAGAUCUUUGUUGUCUGCCAGGGGUACAUCGCACCGGACAAGAUCGACCCAAGGUUUUUCGAUCCCAAAUUCAUCUUCAGUGAAGUUGCCAUGGAGACCAAACAGAAGUUUGCCAUCCUCGCCGACCCGAACAAACCCAAGAAAGUCAAGGCGGAGGGCUACGAAGAAGGGAACUACACACAACACACCGUUGUCAAAAUGUCUGACUUUGUAGCUACCAGUUCUCCGGUGGAACUUCUCAAUAGUGCUAGCGAGUUAUCCUUCGACGACCCUGCCUUCGCCAAUCACACACUGACCACCAAGGAGAUCAAGCACUGCUGUAAGGACAUCAAGGUGCUGGGAAGGAAGGAGAUUCGCAUCCUGCUCAACUGGCAGAAGAAGAUUGCCAAGGAGAUUGCUGCCAAGAAGGAGGAGGAAGAGAAAGCGGCCAAAGAGGCCGAGGAGGAGGAAGAGGCAAAAGGCAAAGGAGCGGGAGGAGAUGGAGAGGCUGAUGAUGAGGCUGAUGACAGUGAAGAUGAACUUGAAGCUAUCGAUAAACAACUACAAGAAGCCAAGGAAGAAGAAGAAGCUACUAACAAGAGAAAACGAAAAGACAAGGUGAAGAUGCGAAAGAAACUGCGAGAGCGUCUGCAGAAGGCCAUGGCAAUGAGUACAGGAGCCAGCCAGACUGACACCACGGAGACAGCGUCCCUGUUUGCGUUACAGAACAUCAAGAAUAGAAAGCAACUUCAAGCAGUAAAUCAAGAUGACUCCGGCAUCGUAGACAAGGACGCCCAAGAGCAGGAGGAUCACGACUCUGAGAUCGAAGCCCUGAUGAACGAGUCUUCGGACGAGAGCGAUCUCCCAAGCGAGCUGGACUCAGAUGAGGCGGAGAUUCUGAUGGAAGAGAGGAUGAGGAAUAAUAAGAAGAAGAGAACGAGCAGCGACGAGGAUGAUGACUACUCAGAUGGAGGCAACUCGGAUAUUGACCCUGGAGCUGAGGAUGAAGAAAUCGAUGAACAAAAGAAGAACCCUCUGAUGGUUGACCUGGAUGAUGAAGAUCCAAACACUAAAUCAAACAGACGCACGAAUAUGUGGUUCAACAAAUCUAUAUUCUCAGGGCUUGAAGCAGAUGAAGAUGAAGAUUUUGAGAUUGGUCAAAUGACUGACAACUACAAAGAACAAGGGGGAACAAUAAUUGAAAGAGAGAAUGGUGACGAUGUGGACUCCCUCGAUGAAGACGACCAGCCCUCGUCUAAUAGGAAAGCCUCGUCCAAAAGUGUUCGCUUCAACACCAGCAUCAUGAGCAUCUCCGACAAGGGCAACAAAGAAAAGGAAGACCUACCCUCGGACAGCAGCGACGAUUCGGACGCCGAGACGCCAAAUGGCGUUGAGGUUGAUAGCAGCGAUAGUGACUAUGACGACGAGGUGAUGAUUCGGGAGAUGAUCGACACUAAAGGGACCGAUCAGGGACCUGUGGAGAAGAAGAAGAAAAAGAGCGCCAAGGAGAAGAAGGCAGGGUUUGAGGUGGUUGGGUCGGACGGUGCAGCAGUUGCACAUGCGCAGUAUCUGGACCCCGAGGGCCUCGCUUUAGGAACCUUGAUGGCCACAUCCAAGAGGAAACGACGUGAAAUCCUGGAGCAAGGCUACAACCGGUUCUCCUACGGGGAGGAGAAUCUACCCGCUUGGUUUGUUGAGGAAGAGGUCAAACAUGUCAAGAAGCAACUUCCCGUAACCAAGGACAUGGUGGCAGAUUAUCGUGCCCGUCUCAAGGAGGUGAAUGCUAGACCGAUCAAGAAAAUAGCGGAAGCGAAAGCCCGUAAGCGCCAACGCUCCCUGAAAAGGAUGGAGAAGCUACGGAAGAAAGCAGAGGCCAUUGGCGAGACUGUGGACAUCUCGGAGAAGGAAAAGAUGAACCAGAUCAAACAUAUAUACAAGAAGGCCAAGCUGAAAACGAAGACUAAGGAAGUCACGUAUAUCGUCGCCAAGAAAUCCCAGGCUGCCAAGAAGGUCAAGCGUCCUCGUGGGGUGAAGGGACACUACAAGGUCGUCGAUCCAAGAAUGAAGAAAGACGUCAGGGGCAUGAAGAGAGCGGAAGCGAGAAAGAAAGGAAAAGGAAAGAAAAGAUGAGAAGUGAAAGACGCAAAAUGUUGAGAAACAAAACUGGAUUCGGAUGACCUGUGUUUUAAGAUAUAAAAAACAAGUGUACCCCGUUUUUAUCUGUAUCCAGCAAAAUGUGGAUUGUUUUGCAGUGGGCAGAUACAGGAAUGAGAAAUUUCAGAACCUUUAUCUGAACUUAAGCCUUUUUUUGUUUUCCUUGUAAAUAAAUCCUGCCCUGUGACCCACUUAUCUAGCACUGAGGAUACUGUUCACAGAAGCUCCUUGGAAUCUAUAACUUCAGGGUUUAUCAAAAGGUGGCAACGCCAUCAUGUCAACAUACCUUCUAAAAUUUAGAUUCUAAUUGGCAGUAAACACAUCUGGACCCAAUUACUUAAAGCAUGUAAGCAUAAAAACUUGCUAAGCAUGUAAAUAUGUUGCUUAGCAGAAAUAGAUUACCAGGCAAAA